AUGGAUCUUCAUAACACCUUUUUGCAUAGUGAUCUUGAUGAGAAGGUGUACAUGAAAUUACUUCCCGAGUUUGAGAGCAUUGUUCAGAUUAAUGUUUUAGUAUAUGUUGAUGAUCUUAUUAUUUCUGGAAAUCAUUCCGCUGCACUUGUUGGUUUCAAGGCUUAUCUCGGAGAUUGUUUCAAAAUGAAGGAUCUUGGUCCUUUAAUGUAUUUCUUAGGUAUAGAAGUUGCUCAUAGUGCUUCAGGCGUUUUUCUGUGCCAACAAAAGUAUACUUUGGAUAUCAUUUCUAAAGUAGGUUUAUUAGGGGCAAAGCCGACUGGUUUUCCAAUGGAGCAAAAUCACAAGCUUGAUCGUGCCACAUGCAAACAUCUUGCGGAUCUGGAUGUGUAUCGUCAACUUGUUGGCUGUUUGAUUUACCUUGUGGUCACUAGACCCGAUUUAGCAUACUUCGUUCAUAUCUUGUCCCAGUUUAUGCAAGAACCUCGCAGUGAACAUUCGGAAGCAACUUUUCGUGUAGUUCGUUAUGCUGAUAGUGAUCUCACUUUGCAAGGUUGGUGUGAUUCGGAUUGGGCGGCUUGUCCUCUUACUCGUCGCUCUAUCACAGGUUGGUUGAGGAUGAAUUGUUCCAUGGCGGCAGUUAUUUGUGACCUUAAGUGGCUUAAGGGCUUAUUGUUGAGUUUGGGCGUGCACCACCCAAAGGCAAUCAAAUUGUUUUGUGAUAUUCAAUCUGCUUCACACAUUGCAAAGAAUCCGAUUUUUUAUAAACGAACCAAACACAUUGAAAUUGAUCGCCAUUUUGAUCGAGAUGCGAUUGUUGAAGGCUUGAUUUCUCCAUCGUAUGCCCCUACUAGUUCUCAAUUGGCUGACAUUUUCACAAAGGCUCUUGGGAAGUCACAGUUUGACUAUUUAUCUUCUCUCCAAGUUGGGCAUUUUCGACACUCAUGCUCCAACUUGAGGGGGAUACUUUUCUCUAUGAAAAAUAACAUGUGUAAUUAUCCUAUAAUAUACUACUCCUUUCUAGAGUUAUUUGUAUCUUGUUAUCUUUUAUUUUCGCCCUGUUUUUCCUUAACUGAAUUCAUAUUUGGUGAUUCUUUAGUCGAUGCUGGAAACAAUAACUAUCUAUUAACGCUCUCGAAGGCAAAUUCUCCUCCUUAUGGUGUAGAUUUUACGCCCUCCGAUGGCCACCCCACCGGAAGGUUCACAAAUGGUCGGACUGUUACUGAUAUUAUAGGACAGGGAUUAGGAGGCAUUACUUUCCCACCACCAUUCCUAGCUCCAAAUUCCCAACAAGAUUAUUAUACUAUUCAAGCAGGAAUAAACUAUGGUUCUGGUUCAGCAGGAAUCCUUGUCGAAACUGGAUCAGUGUUUAUAGGAAGAAUUCCACUUGAAGAGCAAGUGGACAAUUUUGAGCAAACUAGAGCAUACAUGAUUGGUCUAAUAGGAGAAAAAGAAGCAAGAGAUUUUCUAAAGAACGCAAUUUACACAGUAUCCAUUGGGUCUAAUGACAUUCUCAACUACAUCCAACCAUCCAUUCCAUUUAUUGGACAACACAAAGUUACACCUUCAGUAUUUCAAGACUACAUGCUCUUUAACUUGACAUUGCAACUAAAGCGAUUACAUAAACUAGGUGCGAGGAAGUUUGUGAUAGUAGGGAUCGGACCCUUAGGGUGCAUACCAAUAGUUCGAGCUAUGAAGCUAUUUUGGUUCAAGAAAUGUUCAACUGAGGUGAAUGAGUUAAUACAAGGAUACAACAUAAAACUAAACAUGGAGCUUACUUUGUUGAAUGAAAAUUUGGGACAUGAAGCUGUCUUUGUGUAUGCCAACUCCUAUGAUAUUUUCAUGGACAUCAUAUCUAAUCAUCUUCACUAUGGAUUCGAAAAUGCGAAGGACCCAUGUUGUGGUGGAUUGUUCCCUCCAAUUAUGUGCUUCAAAGCAGAGAAUGAUACAAACACAAGCUCUGUAUUGUGUGAAGAUAGAUCCAAAUAUGUGUUUUGGGAUGCAUUUCAUCCCACUGAAGCUGCCAACUUAAUCAUUGCCAACAAAUUCUUAAAUGGUGAUCAAAGAUUCACGUCCCCUCUAAAUAUUAAGCAGCUUUACAAAAUUUAGCUAGUUAGGGCUAAGUAUCUGUAUGUAACUGUUUUGAAAUAUCAUCCUAUAGUGCUUGAAGUAUUUCGGGCUGAUUAAUAAUCUAGCUAGCUCAUGAAUAUGUUCCUGUUGGUGAAUGUCUGAAUGAUAUAAAAUGAUAGUAGUGAGAAUGAAUUUCGGUG